AUGCCACGGCUCCGGAGCUGGCUCUUGGCUCCGGCUCUGAGCGGCUCCGGCUCCGUGCCGGGAGCCAGAGCCGGAGCCGGGUGCGGCUCCGGCUCCCGAGCCCGAACUCGGAGUCAGGCUUCUCAGCGUCCAGAAAAGUAAAAAUUUCAUGAUCUUAUUAAACCAAACUGCUUGAAAAAUAUGGGAAAUGAUGUGUUGCAUACGAGUUGCCUUCAAAAAUGUUGGAUUUAUGAUCUCUGACACUAAUAGCUUUUAUUUUUGGGAAAUAUUUUAAAAUUUUUUUUUGCACGGGAGCCGGGAUUCGGAGCCGGAGACCUUUUUAAUUUUUUAUGGGAGCCGGGAGCCGGAGCUGGAGCCGCAAAUUUGGCCUCGGCUCCGGCUCUGGGAGCAAAGAGCCGGAGCCGAAAUUUUGAGCGUGGCAAUCUCUGGUUGUAGCCCGUCAAUUCAGCGUCGUUGAAGCUAUUUUUUGACCAGAAAUUUUGGCUGUUUUUUUUGGCUAGCGCGAACAAAAUCUAUCUUUCUGUUUCGAAGGUUAGAAAUCGAGGCCCCUCUGUUUGACAUUCAAAAAAAACAUGUUAACCAAGCGAUAUAGUCAUGAAAGUAAACCACUUAGGACAAAAAAAUGCGGAGAAUUUAAUGGUGAGAAAAUUAUUUGGCUACACCUCAAGGUUUUCGCUGCAGGACCCAUGGAAAAAGGUUUCCAUUUUUUGGGCUUCCUGUAAACUUUUCUUGAUUUUUCAAGUCCAAUUUUGUCUUCUAAAGAUUCGUCCGACAGAAUUUUGAUAUCCAACAAUAAAAUCUUUUGGUUAAUCAAUAAUGUGUGAACGAAACGUCUAAGCGGUUCAUGAAAUGCGCUGGAUUCAAGUUUAAAGGGACUUUAACCCGUCUUUUUUUCAAAUUUUAAGGCUAAGCAAAUUCCUGCAAAUCCUAAACAUCUUCACAGUAACGAUAAUGAAAAUUUAACACUCAGGGAGGUAGCUGAUCAAAAAUUAUAUAGAGAGGAAAGUUUUGGAAGGGGCAUUUUCCCCCUCCCUCUAGCUAGGCCCCUGUUAACAUCCAGUGUUUUCAAUUUUUUCAAAAAUUCAAUUUAACAUAUCCAUCUGUCGGGAAAAUAAUGACCACUCUUAUGCGGCGUCAGCCAUGUUGCUAAAGCGAAAAGCAAUUUGAUUUUGCCGCGACAUAAUUCAUUUUCUCGCGAUUUUCGACCCCACAAGACGCUCAUUAUUUUCCCGACAGACUGAUUGGAAGUCUGGCGGGAAUGACCUUGGCGAUGACGCCGAAAACAAAACCCUCUAUCCAUCUACCUGUCUUCUCUCUAAUUUUAGUGUGAUUGAUUUUAUUAGGACCGACCGACAAAUUGGCCAAAAAUAAUAUAUAAGAUAACCCCUCUGAUCUUCGAAUUCGCGGAAAGCAGCGGAAUAAGGUGACUGUAAGAACUCGGGGUAAAAAUUCCUUAUUUUGGCCACAACUUAUAACUUUGCGGAAACUGGUCGGAAUUAGCCCAAAUUUAACGUGCACGCUCAAUUCAUCGUUGACAAUGCCCGGACAGUGGAUUUAGUUAGCAAGGUACCUUCUUUUUUACGUACCACCUUACCCUUCAAAAACGGCUGCAGCCUGUGAUUUUACACUUUAUACAAUGAAACCUGUCCGUAACUAAACUUAUUGCCUCCGUAUGGAACUAAAUGAGUCGUCACAGCCUUCGUAGGUACCCAUAAAACUAUAGAGCUAUUAUAGUAAUUCAGUGCCAGCUAGGUUGAAGCGUUUUUUCCUAACUUCAGUGCCCAAGCUUGGGCGCAGUUCGCGGAGUACCUUUGUUGUGGCCAAAAUAAGGAACUUUUUCCGAACUUGGAAAGUUUAUAGAUUGAUUUGUGGGCCAGCUAGAUUGAAGAUACGUAUCAGUCUGUCGGGAAAAUAAUGAGCACUCUAUGGCAUCGAAAAUCGCAUCGCCGCGGAGGAAAUGAAUUGUGUCGCAGUAAAAUUAAAUUGUUUUUCACUUCAGCGACGCCAUCGGCGCAGGAUUGAGCCCCAACUCUCCCCCCUUUUCUGAACUCUCCCCCAAUCCGAACUCUCCCUCUUUUUGA